UCAUAUUGUAUGUCCACUUGGAGCAUUUGCGAUCACCACAUGGGGAACACAAACACUGUGCUAUCACAAUGAAAGAAGAGCCAAGCGGUCAAUCGACAGACCCUCCACCUUACUUGCAUGAGGUGAUACCUGAGGGUUUCGUCAACCUAGCUUACACCCAGGAUGAGAAACCUCAGGAAGACACGCCAAAGGAGGAGUCCUCUGCCAAAUCAAAAGGCAAAGGCCUGUUCAGCAAAAAGGAAAAAAAGCCCAAAACGAAGAAAGAGCCGGUGAAAACAGUUGGAUUUUUUCAGCUGUUUCGGUAUGCCACCUGUCCGGAGGUUCUGCUAAUGCUGAUCGGCCUGCUGUGUGCAGCUGCACAUGGCGUUGCAUUGCCUCUCAUGUGCGUGGUGUUCGGAGAAAUGACUGACAGCUUUGUGAUGAGUGGGCAGCAAUUUAAUAUGACAGGCAACUACACUGGAAACAUCGCCUCUAACUUAACGUGUUUGGCAGGUUCCCCUGAAAUAGGCAUUGAAGAUAAAAUGACAAAACAUGCUUAUUACUUUGUUGGGAUCGGGGCUGCGGUUCUGCUCCUGGGAACGUUCCAGGUAAUGCUUUUCCUGCUAACUGCUGCAAAGCAAACCAAGAGGAUCCGGGAGAAGUACUUUCAUGCCAUCCUCCACCAGCAGAUGUCAUGGUUCGACACGCAUCCUAUCGGAGAGCUGAACAUUAGACUUACAGAUGAUAUAAACACAAUCAACGAUGGCCUUGGGGACAAGAUCUGCGUGUUUGUCCAGUUCUUCUGCACAUUUCUUGCUGGUUUCAUCAUUGGUUUUAUCUACGGUUGGAAGCUGACGCUGGUCAUUCUUUCCGUCAGUCCCCUCUUAGCAGGAUCGGCUGCUGUUUGGUCUAAAAUUCUUGCCACCUUGACCGGUAAGGAGCUUUCAGCGUAUGCUAAAGCAGGAGCUGUAGCUGAAGAGAUUCUGGUCGCUAUCAGGACUGUUGUGGCAUUUAAUGGACAGAAGAAAGCAGUGGAAAAGUAUGAUAAAAACUUGGUGGACGCAAAGGACUUUGGGGUAAAGAAAGCUAUAACCACUAAUGUGGCCAUGGGGUUUACACAGUUUGUUAUAUUUGGCACCUAUGCACUGGCAUUUUGGUAUGGAACAAAACUGUCUGUGGACGAACCAGAUAAUUACACCAUCGGAAGAGUCAUCACUGUUUUCUUCUCUGUGAUGAUUGGCUCAUUCUCUUUAGGUCAGGGAGCUCCAAACUUGGAGAGCAUCGCCAAGGCCCGGGGUGCGGCUUAUGAGGUCUACAAAACGAUUGACAUGCCUCGUCCCAUUGACAGCAGUUCAAAAGAAGGUCACAAACCAGACCAUGUGAAAGGAGAUAUUGAAUUCAAGAACAUCAACUUCAGCUAUCCCUCCAGAAAAGAUGUGAAGAUUCUACAGGGAAUGAAUCUGAAAGUGACUCAUGGAAAGACCAUUGCUUUGGUUGGAGCCAGUGGCUGUGGGAAAAGCACAACAAUUCAGCUUCUGCAGCGGUUCUAUGACCCGGAUUCAGGAGAGGUGACUCUGGAUGGUCAUAAUAUCCGUUCUCUAAAUGUGUGCUGGCUGAGGGAGAACAUGGGUAUCGUGAGUCAGGAGCCUAUUCUUUUCGGAACCACCAUCGCAGAGAAUAUACGCUACGGCAGAGAAGACGCCACCGAUGGGGAUAUUGAACGAGCCAUUAGAGAGGCCAAUGCCUACGAUUUCAUUUCCAAACUACCAGACAAGCUAAAUACUAUGGUUGGCGAGAGGGGGGCUCAACUGAGCGGGGGCCAAAAGCAGAGGAUCGCUAUUGCUCGAGCUCUCGUCAAAAACCCCAAAAUCCUCCUGCUGGACGAAGCCACAUCAGCCCUGGACACACAGAGCGAGUCCAUCGUUCAGGCAGCUUUAGACAAGGCCAGAGCAGGACGCACUACCAUUGUGAUUGCACACCGCCUGUCAACUAUUCGUUCAGCAGAUAUAAUUGCAGGAUUCAGUGAGGGCAAAGUGGUGGAACAGGGCAGCCACAGAGAACUCAUGGCCAAAAAAGGAGUGUACUAUUCUCUCGUGAUGCAACAGACCUCAGACAGACCAAGUGAAGAUCUUGAUGCCAAUGAGGAUGAUAUUCAGGAUGUUUCUGAGGGAGACACCAGUGAGGAAUUUUCUGACACAGAGACUCCCGAAGGAGGAGAGGAAAUGAUAAUGGAGAGUGGAACCCUUAGAAGAAGCUUAAGACGUGGCAGUGAGAGAAGGUCCUCGAGAAAGAAGAAGAGCAAGAAAUCCAAAAAAGACAAAAAGGCGGAAAAGGAAAAAGUUCCAGAAAUUCCUUUCUCUAAAAUUCUGGCUCUGAACAAGCCGGAAUGGCCUUACCUGCUGGUGGGCAUUCUGGCCAGCAUUGUGGGUGGAGCUGUUUACCCCUGUGUGGCCAUUCUGUUUGCCAAAAUUAUUGGUGUGUUUGCAGAGGUCGACCCUGACGUAAAGCGACAGAAGACCAUGAUGUUCUCGCUCUUCUUUCUGCUAACUGGAGUAGUGGCCUUUAUCACUUAUUUCUUCCAGGGCUUCAUGUUUGGUAAAUCUGGGGAGCUUCUAACCAUGAGGUUGAGAAGGCAGGCUUUCAACGCCAUGAUAAGACAGGAGAUUGCCUGGUUUGAUGACAACAACAAUGCAGUGGGAGUCCUGACCACUAAAUUAGCCACAGAUGCGUCUCUGGUUAAAGGGGCAGCAGGAUCCAGAUUAGGACUAGCCACAAACACUCUCUGUGCUCUUGGCAUCGCCAUCAUUGUGGCGUUUAUCCAUAGCUGGCAGCUCACCUUGCUUAUCCUUGCCUGUGUCCCCUUCCUCACUGGGGCAAAUUUCAUCCAGAUGAGAGCCAUGGCAGGACACACCACCAAAGACCAGAGUGCACUGGAGAUGUCUGGCAAGAUAUCCACAGAAACUGUUGAGAACUUCAAGACGGUCGUCGCAUUAACCCGUGAAGAAGUCUUCUUCCGAAAGUUUAUUGACAGCCUGCAGGAGCCAUAUCGAUCUAGCUUGUGUAAAGCACCCAUCUACGGAGUCACAUUUGCCAUCGCACAAGCCAUUCCUUACCUGGUCAACGCUGCAAUCUUCCGCUUUGGAGCCUGGCUUAUUGCACGCUGUUACACAGAAUAUGAAAAUGUUUUCCUGGUAUUUUCUGUGAUUGUCUUUGCUGCAAUGAACAUAGGCCAGUCCUCAUCAUUCGCUCCUGACUUUGCCAAAGCCAAAGCAGCAGCUGGGCGGAUCUUACUGCUGCUAGACAAGAAACCAGCCAUUGAUAUCUAUGAUGAGUCUGGAGACCGACCAACAAAUUUUUCAGGGCAUGUCGAAUUCCGAGAGGUGCAAUUCUCCUAUCCAACCCGUCAGAAUGUGAAAGUCCUACAGGGCCUGAAUGUAUCAGUGUUUCAGGGACAGACUCUGGCCCUGGUGGGCAGCAGUGGCUGUGGCAAGAGCACCACCAUUCAGCUUCUAGAACGUUUCUACGACCCUGCGGCAGGCCAAGUGUUUGUAGAUGGGAAUGACACCAAAAAUUUGAACCUGGCAUGGCUGCGCAGUCAGAUGGGGCUGGUGUCUCAGGAGCCCAUCCUGUUUGACUGCACCAUUGCUGAGAACAUUCAGUAUGGAGACAACAGCCGUGACAUCACCCAGGAGGAGGUCGAGGAAGCUGCCAAGAAAGCCAACAUACAUAAUUUUAUCCUUGGCCUUCCAGAGAAAUACAACACUCGAGUUGGAGAUAAAGGCGCUCAGCUGUCUGGAGGACAGAAGCAGAGGAUAGCCAUUGCUCGAGCUCUGGUCCGCAAGCCCAAAGUUCUGCUGCUGGACGAGGCCACAUCAGCCCUCGACACAGAGAGCGAGAAGAUCGUGCAGAAGGCUCUUGAUGACGCUCGGCUUGGCCGCACAUGUAUCGUCAUUGCCCACCGCUUGACCACUAUUCAGAACGCUGACAUCAUUGUGGUGGUUCAGAAUGGCAAGGUGAUUGAGCAGGGAACACAUGCCCAACUCAUGACCAAACAAGGGGCUUACCAUGCUCUGGUGAAUGCUCAAGUAUCUGCUCACUAACUUCAACUCCCUUUGAUUUAAUCUAGUGUUUGUAUAAUCUAAAAUGAAAGGCACAGAUACAUAAUUAAAUGGUGCAGUUAAUCUUACAUUUAAAUUUAAAUGACAGUUUAUGUCACAAAAUGCUUCUGUUUUAGGAUGUUGCCUGAGUUCAUUUUAAGAAGCUUACUAUCAAUAUCUGCACAAUGUUAUUUGAAAAUCAGCAUUUAAAUAUUUAAACUCUGACAUGUGGCCAGACAUUAAUAGGAGAAACAAAACAAAAAAUCUGUUUUUUUGUUGUUGCUUGCUUUUUGUUACUU